GGCAGGCCGUCAAGAUGAGCAAGAUUUCCCGCGAAACGUACGAGGAGGCCGUGAGCUCCCUUCUCUCCUACUCUCAGGAGAAGAAGCGCAACUUCGUCGAGAGCGUUGAGCUUCAGAUUAUGCUGAAGAACUACGAUCCCUCGAAGGACAAGCGUUUCUCCGGCUCCAUCCGCCUGCCCGCCAUCGCGCGCCCCCGCCUGACCGUGUGCGUUCUCGGUGACGAGUCGCAUUGCGAUGAGGCCAAGGCCGCCAACCUGCCCUUCAUGGACGUCGAGGCUCUGAAGAAGCUGAAGAAGAACAAGAAGCUCGUCAAGAAGCUCGCCAAGAAGUACGAUGCUUUCCUGGCUUCUUCCACUCUGAUCAAGCAGAUCCCCCGUAUCCUUGGCCCCGGUCUCAACAAGGCUGGCAAGUUCCCCACCUCGGUCUCGCACGGCGAGUCCCUUGAGGACAAGGUCAACGAGAUCCGCGGCACCAUCAAGUUCCAGAUGAAGAAGGUGCUGACCCUCGGCGUUGCCGUCGGCCACGUCGGCAUGGAUCAGGAGGAGCUCAUCCGCAACAUUGGCCA